CUGCUGCCUCCCCCUCUCUCCGCCACUAAACAGACGCACAGAAAGCCUCUCGGUUCACAGAGGCKGUCACAGAGCUGAGAGGGAGUCCACAACUUGUCCUCAUUUGUCUGCAAACACCGGCUGUUUUAAAACGCGGAACAAUUAGAUUUAAAUCUUAACGUCAAAGAGCAGCGCGCGGAAUGGAACCCCAGGAGAAGUUCUUUUAUCCGGAGCUGUGAGGAAGAAAGCCAUGUCUGCAGGUGUCAGUGGAUGAGGUGGAUUCUUCUCCACCGACCAUCAUGGAUGUCAACCCCCUCUGCUGGCCUCUCCCCUGUGCCAAAAUGCCAACUUGUUGUGUCUGAGCAGUGACACCUUGGCUACACACGCUGUGGACAUGAUGACCCAGAUGGACUACAAGUACAGCCUUCUGGGCUCUACCGUGGAGGACUACCACAAGAGGCCACUGCUCCUGCAGGUGGACAACACACCUAUGAAUGUAUUUGCAGUUCUGCAAGUGAAACGGGAGCUACCGAAGCGCUGGAACAGCGUGGGYUGCAAGAUCCGCCUCUAUGGCUUCCUGUUCGGCCUGGCCAUCACGUUCUUCAUCAUGGCAUCGUACGUUUUGACCGGGGACAAAAAGGGCCUCGUCCUCACCCCGUCCCCUUACCACUUCAGCAGCCUGGUGAGCCCAGGACCUUUUGCCUUCAACCUUUCCUCGGCGAAGGACUACGCACACAUCAAACUGGUGGUCAAGUCCAUUACAUCCAAGGUGGAGUUUGGCAGCAGUCGACAGAUUCCGGAUCUGAAAGCACUAGUUAAAAGUGAUCCACAUAUGUUUUCUGUCGUUCCUCAYCAAUUCCUGCCCGGUGUAAGGAACCCCUGCUGGUACGAGGAAUACACCGGGAACGUCACCUCGGAUCCGUACAGUACUAAUUUGUACGGGCGAUACUCACGACGCUUCCGGACCGUUUUUCAGCACCUGAGGAACACGUUCCGCGACCACUUGACACAUCGCAGCAGGAGACUCUACCGCAUGCGGUGCCUUCCCUACUUCUAUAUUAUUGGUCAACCAAAGUGUGGCACGACGGACCUGUACGACAGACUGAGGUUGCACCCCGAUGUCAGGUUCACCACUUUCAAAGAACCGCACUGGUGGACCCGAAAGAGGUUUGGCAUCAUUCGUCUCAGCGAGGGCUUCCAUGAUCGAUACCCGGUGGAAGACUACCUUGACUUGUUCGAUCAGGCUGCUUAUCAGAUCCAGGGCAAUCUGACAGCAAAUACCAAGGGGUCCCUCAGCCACCCAAACAUCAUCAUAGGAGAAGCCAGCGCCUCCACCAUGUGGGACAACAACGCCUGGGUGUAUUUCUAUGACAACACCACGGAGGGAGAACCUCCCUUCCUCAUCCAGGACUUCAUCCAUGCUCUGCAGCCCGAUGCCCGCUUCAUCGUCAUGCUCAGGGAUCCGGUGGAAAGGCUUUACUCUGACUACCUUUACUUCGGUAUCGCCAAUAAAUCUGCAGAGGAUUUCCACGAGAAGGUGUCCGAAUCGCUGCAGCUAUUUGAGGGGUGCCUUACGGAGUACACAAUGCGUUCCUGUGUGUACAACACAACCGUCAACAACGCCAUGCCAGUGA